UGUCCGCUCGUCUCCCCGCUCGGUCGCUCCCUCCUCGGUGGCCUCGAGGCGCUUUCCGUUGGGCCGAUUCCCGCCCGCUUCCUCCUGCUCCCCUUUGAAGCUCCAGAGAUGAGUUUUUCCAUCUCUUCAGAGAUGAACCAGAUUAUGAUGCAUGAUUAUCACAGAAGAAGUUCGUGUCUAUAGCUUUAAAGGACUUGAUUACAUCAUUUUCAAGCCUGAUAGUUUUGGAAUCACCAUUAGAGCUUCAGACACCUCUGCCUUCACUUCAGCCACCUGUCUUCAUACCUCAACGAAGCGCUGAGUUUCCUUUGUCCUUGGAUUAUUUAAAACACCCCGGAAAUACAUUUCUCACCAGUAUAGUAGCCAAAUUAUAAGGAAAAAUGAUUCCCAAUGGAUAUUUAAUGUUUGAAGACGAAAAUUUCAUUGAGUCUUCUGUUGCCAAAUUAAAUGCCCUGAGGAAAAGUGGCCAGUUCUGUGAUGUUCGACUUCAGGUCUGUGGCCAUGAGAUGUUAGCACACAGAGCAGUCCUGGCUUGCUGCAGUCCCUAUUUAUUUGAAAUCUUUAAUAAUGAUAAUGAUCCUCACCGAGUUUCUCAUGUUAAGUUUGAUGAUCUCAAUCCGGAAGCUGUGGAAGUCUUGUUGAAUUAUGCCUACACUGCUCAGUUGAAAGCCGAUAAGGAAUUAGUCAAAGACGUUUAUUCUGCAGCAAAAAAGCUGAAGAUGGACCGAGUAAAGCAGGUUUGUGGUGAUUAUUUACUAUCUAGAAUGGAUGUUACCAGCUGCAUCUCUUACCGAAAUUUUGCAAGUUGUAUGGGAGACUCCCGUUUGUUGAAUAAGGUUGAUGCUUAUAUUCAGGAGCAUUUGUUACAAAUUUCAGAAGAGGAAGAGUUUCUUAAACUUCCACGGCUAAAGUUGGAGGUAAUGCUUGAAGAUAAUGUUUGCUUGCCCAGCAAUGGCAAAUUGUACACAAAGGUAAUCAACUGGGUGCAGCGUAGCAUCUGGGAGAAUGGAGACAGUCUGGAAGAGCUGAUGGAAGAGGUUCAAACCUUGUACUACUCAGCUGAUCACAAGCUGCUUGAUGGGAACCUACUAGAUGGACAGGCUGAGGUGUUUGGCAGUGAUGAUGACCACAUUCAGUUUGUGCAGAAAAAGCCACCACGUGAGAAUGGCCAUAAGCAGAUAAGUAGCAGUUCCAUUGGAUGUCUCUCUUCUCCAAAUGCUACAAUACAAAGCCCUAAGCACGAGUGGAAAAUCGUUGCUUCGGAAAAGACUUCAAAUAACACUUACUUGUGCCUGGCUGUGCUGGAUGGUAUUUUCUGUGUCAUUUUCCUUCAUGGGCGAAACAGCCCACAGAGCUCACCAACAAGUACUCCAAAACUCAUUAAAAGUUUAAGCUUUGAGAUGCAACCAGAUGAGUUAAUAGAAAAGCCCAUGUCUCCUAUGCAGUACGCACGAUCUGGUCUGGGGACAGCAGAGAUGAACGGCAAACUCAUAGCUGCAGGUGGCUAUAACAGAGAGGAGUGUCUUCGAACAGUUGAAUGCUAUGAUCCACAUACAGAUCAUUGGUCCUUUCUUGCUCCCAUGAGGACACCAAGAGCCCGAUUUCAAAUGGCCGUACUCAUGGGCCAGCUCUAUGUGGUCGGUGGAUCAAAUGGCCACUCAGAUGACCUGAGAUGUGGAGAGGUGUAUGAUCCAAACAUAGAUGACUGGACUCCUAUUCCAGAAUUGAGAACUAACCGUUGUAAUGCAGGAGUGUGUGCUCUGAACGGGAAAUUAUACAUCGUUGGUGGCUCAGAUCCAUAUGGUCAAAAAGGACUGAAAAAUUGUGAUGUAUUUGAUCCUAUAACAAAGUCAUGGACAAGCUGUGCUCCUCUUAACAUUCGUAGACACCAGUCUGCAGUCUGUGAGCUUGGUGGUUAUUUGUACAUAAUUGGAGGCGCAGAGUCUUGGAAUUGUCUGAACACAGUAGAACGUUAUAAUCCUGAAAAUAACACCUGGACUUUAAUUGCAUCCAUGAAUGUGGCUAGGCGAGGAGCUGGAGUGGCUGUUCUCGGCGGAAAACUGUUUGUAGGUGGUGGCUUUGAUGGUUCUCAUGCCAUCAGUUGUGUGGAGAUGUAUGAUCCAACUAGAAAUGAAUGGAAGAUGAUGGGAAACAUGACUUCACCAAGGAGCAAUGCUGGGAUUACAACUGUAGGGAACACCAUUUAUGCAGUGGGAGGAUUUGAUGGCAAUGAAUUUCUGAAUACGGUGGAAGUCUAUAACCUUGAGUCAAAUGAGUGGAGCCCCUAUACCAAGAUUUUCCAGUUUUAACAAAUUGAAGACCCUUUCAAACUAACAGGCUUAGUGAUGUAAUUGUGUUAGGUAGAGGUACACUUGUGAAUAAGGAGGGUGGGUGGGUAUAGAUGUUGCUAACAGCAACACAAAGCUUUUGCAUAUUGCAUAUUAUUAAACAUGCUGUACAUACUUCUUGUGUUUAUUGGGAAAGGAAUGCAAAGAUGAAGGUCUGUUUUGUGUAUUUUUAGGGCUACUUUGGUUAUUUUACUUUUUUGGAAGUUGAUAUUGUAAAAGAAUAAACCAAGGAUUGAUUGGGCACAUCA